CUCUAAGCUGUUUUUUCUCUCUCUCACGUGCUGCUCUCAGUCAGCAGGUGAACGGAGGAGGAGGAGGUUCAGCUGGAGUCUGGCCUCAUAUAAACACUUUCUGAUGAUAACACUGAAGGAUUACACGAAACUCCCGCUGCAGAGAACACAGCAGCUCUGAUGGAGACAAACGAGGUCCAGACUCAGACCCACGACCUGGUCCUUCACAGAGGGUUCGGGCUCAUCAGCGGGAUUCACGACCCGGAGGAUGUGGAGCAAAUCUACGACCUGGAGGUCCGGGACUCGGACGUGUUCGUCAUCACGUAUCCAAAGUCAGGGACCAUCUGGAUGCAGCAGAUCCUGCUGCUCAUCGAAGCCAAAGGAGACCUGACGGCCAUCUCUCAGGAGGGGAAUAACUCGGACCUGGUGCCCUGGAUCGAGCUGAAGGGCAACAGAGAGGACUUCAUCGCGGCCCCCUCGCCCCGCCUCAGGGUCUCACACCUGCAGUACAAGUUCAUGCCUGCAGCUCUGAGCAGGAGGAAGGGAAAGGUGAUCUACGUGGCGAGAAAUCCCAAAGACGUCCUCGUGUCUUACUUCCACUUUCACAAUUUUGCAAACAUGUUGGAAACCCCGAAAGAUUUUGAUGAUUUCUUUGAGAAAUUUAUGACGGCCCGAGUGUUUGGAGGCAGCUGGUUCGAGCAUGUUAAGACGUGGUACUCUCACAGCGACGACAUGAACAUGCUGUUCAUCACUUAUGAACAAAUGAUCCAAGACCUGCCGUCGGUGGUGAAGAGGAUCUCCGGCCUCCUGGGUAAAGCUCUGACGGAGGAGCAGCUGGCCGACGUGGUGAAGCACAGCACCUUCAAAAACAUGAAGAAGAUCCCUCAGGCGUCCUACGAGCAGGUUUCAGACGACCUGCUCAACCACAGCCAGGGACGCUUCAUGAGGAAAGGCACCAUCGGGGACUGGAAGAAUCACUUCACCGUGGCUCAGAGCGAGAGGUUUGACGAGGCCUUCCACAGAGAGAUGCAGGACUUCCCUCUGUCGUUUAUCUGGGACCUCCGGGACAGAAAGUGAUCACACUUCAUCAGGACAAAAACCAGAGAAGAAGAAGAAGAAGAGUCACAGCUGCAGCUACAUGAACGAUACUGAAGAAAACUUUAUUUAUAUGAGCUUGUUUUCCCUCCUGCUAUAACGCUGUCCAUGUGCAUGUUAGCCUUCAGGGGCUAACCUUUCCAUGCUGAAACAGGUUGGGGCUGAAAAGGUGCAGAAUUUAGAUUUUAAUUCUCUCAAAGUGAUUUAAUUGAUUUCAAGCACUCUCUGUAAAUAUGUUAUUUUCUCACACUGACUUUGACGUUACGGUUACAUUACACUGACCUGGCUGUUUGAAUUAAACUUUUUUUCACUGAG